GACUUGAAACCACCUGAAGGUGAAGAUAUCUUCCAUAGGAUUUGGAAGCAUCUGGAAGAAAAACAGUGCCUUAUUAUUAUUGACGACUUACGGUCCAAGGAAGAUUGGGACCUGAUAGAAGGUAAACUGAUAUUGAGAGCUUCGAAAAGCUGUAUCAUUGUCAUCACAAGGGAAGAAAGUGUUGCCAGACAUUGUGCAACGUCAGACCAUGCAGUGUGCAGAGUCAAAGGUCUAGAAGCUGAAGCAGCCCGUAGUCUCUUCGAGAAGGAGACUAAAGAUCAUGGUGGAACCUUUCGUUGGGAUUCUAACAUGUUGGAUGAAGCAGGGAUUAUCAUAAACAAGUGCGGCAGACUUCCCAAACUAUCUGUUGCUUUAGUUAAGUACUUGGCCGAUGUACGAAAUGGUAUACUGGAGGCGCGGCGUCUGAAUGCCAACUUUAUGUAUUCCUUGAAUAACAGCAAGGGGCUUGAUAGCUUCCAGGAUAUAUUCGCCUGGAUAUAUUCAAACUUUCAGGCUUGUCCUCAACUUCUCAAGAAAUGCGUCUUCUAUCUCUCACUUUUUACCCAAAGCAGCAUGAUUCGUCAGAGUCGUUUGGUGAGGAGGUGGAUUGCAGAGGGCUACUCCGAAGGCACUGACAGCAACAGCAAGGUGGAGUACACAGAGAAGCUCCUCCACGAGCUAGCUAACUUGGGCAUAACAGAGCAUCCACAUCAGACACCUACCGUGGCCGGUUGCCAAAUCAACUCCUUAUUCCUCGAGUAUGUCAUCUCACGGGAAACGGAAGAGAACAUUUUCCUUCCAUUGGAAGUCUCGGUACUGCAGGGGGAAGGAAGUCUGAACACACAACGUGUAGGACAGCAUCUGGCAAUUGGGAGCAGCUGGAAGAGGGACAAGUUUGUGUUUGACAACAUGGACUUGUCGCGGCUACGGUCUCUGACGGUUUCUAGAGAGUGGAGGCCCUUCUUAAUAUCUGACAGGAUGAGAGUGUUACGUGUUCUUGAUCUGGAGGACACAAAUGUAGCGGAUGGUGACAUCGAGCAAGUCGUGAAACAGCUACCUCGCCUCAAGUUCCUCGGCCUGAGAAGAUGCACAAAGAUAUCCUGUCUGCCAGAAUCCUUGGGUGACGACCUCAGGCAGCUCCAAACUCUGGAUAUCAGGCACACCUCUGUUACCAAGCUUCCAAAGAGCAUCACCAAGCUGCAGAAGCUGCAGUAUAUUCGUGCUGCAACAAGCCUACGGUUGAUGGACGAGGAGCCAUCAACACCAUGGAGGACUAGUCAUGGACAUGUUGACGCUUGUAAUGGCAUCAUAGUGCCCAGAGGGAUUGGGGCACUGAUGGCCUUGCACACACUGGGUGUCGUCAACAUCGGCGCUGGAGGCGGUAAGGCCAUUCUGAACGAGCUGAAGUACCUGAGCCAGCUUAAGAAGCUCGGAGUGUCUGGCAUCAACCGGAGUAACAUCAAGGGGUUACUUUCGGCCAUCUUUGGUCAUAGCCAUUUGGAAUCAUUGUCACUGCAGCUUCACAAGGACGACAAGGAUUUGGAGUGGUUAGGAAAAAUCACUCCUCCAAAUAACCUACAGCGCCUUAAAGCGUAUGUGCAUGUAGUAAAGUACCCACAUUGGAGCUAUUUACAGGGCCUUGGCCAGUUAAAAAGGCUACAUACCCUUAGUCUUCGUUUCGAAACGGAUCAAGAUGUUGAGCUUCAAUUCUGUGACAAUCUGGACAGAAAUCGGUCGUCUACACACCGCCAGUUCAGUGAACUCAAGGUCCUCGAGAUAGUUUGCAGCUCAAAUUUACAUGUGAUGUUUGCUGGAGGAGAGAUGUUUGAACUGAAGGUGCUGAAGGUUCACUGCUCAACUGGGGCGUCGCUGCAGUUAUCUAGGAUAGAGCGUCUGCAUUCACUAAAGUAUGUCUGGCUGAAAGGCUCCUUUGACGACACAACCAAGGAAGAAUUGCGGCGCAAAGUUACCCAGCAUCCCAACAAACCUAAUUGGAAGCUGGAUUAA